UAAGAAUUAAGACAGUCCUUUGCUAAUUUACACAGUGGCUGUGUCUGACUAGAACAGAGCAUGCCAUGGGGCUCUUACUCACCCGGAUUCAGAGUGCGUUGCAGAGUUUCUACGGGAUGGAGGCUCGUAUUCUCUUGCUUGGUCUUGAUGCAGCUGGCAAAACAACCCUCCUCUAUAAGCUGAAGUUAAAUGAAACUCCAAUGACCAUUCCCACUAUCGGUUUCAACGUGGAAACAAUACAGCCCAUCAACAACGUCUCUUUCACCAUGUGGGAUGUGCGUGGUGGCCCGAUCAGAACCCUAUGGACUUAUUACCAUGCCAACACAGAUGGGCUGGUUUUCAUGGUGGACAGUGUGGACUAUGUUCGCUUUGAGGAGGCCAAGUUUGAGUUGGAGGCCCUGCUGGUAUCCCCGGACUUGCAAGGGGUGCCUUUGGUGUUACUGGCCAACAAGCAAGACUUGCCUGGAGCAUGGCCUCCCAUGGAGGUGGCAGAAAGAAUGGGACUGAGGAAGUUGCAAGGGCACCGGUGGCAUGUGCAAGGCUGCUGUGCUGUGAGUGGAGAGGGGAUCCCCGAGGCGAUGGUGAAGCUGUCUGAGAUGGUCAAGGUGUGUCGUAAAGCCCGCGGUACAUAGUCUGGGAGGCAUAUAAAGAUCUUUUUCUUGCAUGGAGGACACAAGAUGUGAUGCUUAUCGGUUUCUUCUUCUGGCUCAGGUGCUCUUGCCAAGGUUUUUAAUCUAUCUAAGGUCUAUAUGGGACUCUCUCCUGCUGAUCAACAGCUGUCAUGGGACUUGGGAAAAGAUGCACAUGCUAGUGUUGUAACAGGGCAUACAGCUCUGCCAGACUCCCCACAAUCGGAAGAUGUCAUCAUUAGCAAGAAUUCAGAACUAAACUGAGGACUCUUGGACAUCAAAGCCUGAAUUAUCAAGACUCACAACCACCAUCUCUGAACCCUUGGCAACUAGAGCCCAUUGUUAUCUUUAAAAGUAGUAAUUUCAUUAUUUCCUCCACUGUAUCACUGGUCAUUCCAACAGGGUAGUAGAAAGGCCCAUUUCUUGCUUCAUGUCUAAUCUAUAGCAGAAUUAAUUAAUAAGAAAGAGACUCUUUAUUAAAACCCCUUUGUAUCUCUAUUUUAUUCAGUGUUUGGGUUAAAUGUAUUGUUAUGGAUUAUCCAUUUUCCCCAGCAGCUGGGCAAAACUACCCAAUUUUACUGCACAAUCCUGUUCACAUCUACUCAGAAGUAUUUCCCACUGAAUUCAAUAGGACAUAAACUGAUAUACGAUUUCAGCCUUACUUUCCUUCCAAUGAGGGAGCAAUCCUAUGCAGGUCUACUCAGAAACAAGUAAGUAAUAAAUAAUCCCAUAUCCACCCCCUAUUCCAGAAUAUUUUGGGGGGGGGGUUCCACUCCAUUGCAGCUAAAAGAGUAUUGGGUGUUUGUGUGUCAGUGAAUUAGGAUUAGAGAAAAAUUCCUGCAGGACUCUUUUAGCUUCAAAACAGUCAUGAUACCUUAAAUGUAUUUUUAUUUGUUUUAUAGUUAAAAUAUUUUGUAUAUUUGUCUGUAUAUGGUAUGAUAUACUGCCUUCAAGUCGAUCCCGACUUAUGGCAACCCUAUGAAUAGGGUUUUCAUGGUAAGCGGUAUUCAGAGGGGGUUUACCAUUGCCUUCCUGUGAGGCUGAGAGGCAGUGACUGGCCCAAGGUCACCCAGUCAGCUUCAUGGCUGUGUGGGGAUUCGAACCCUGGUCUCCCAGGUCGCAGUCCAACACCUGAACCACUACGCCAUACUGGCUCUCUUGUCUGUAUAUAUUUUUUAUUAAAAUGUAGCUAUACGUAUCUUGUAUAAAUUUCUUAAUAACAAUGUUCAUAUCCCAUCUUUUUGC